UAAUUGAUUGUUAUCCAGUCGCAGUAGUUCACAAAAGUAAGUACGCUUGCUAUAGAGUGCGCCAUCACUGUUAUUUUGUUUUUCAGGUCCUGAAGUACCGCAUUCUGUGUCGGCGUCGAAAAAUCGGCUUUUUAUUAUUAUUAAUCAGGAGAAUUUUUAUUCAGCUUGAGUCAUGAUGGAUAUACGACCAAAUCAUACCAUAUACAUAAAUAAUCUGAAUGAAAAGAUUAAAAAGGAAGAGCUUAAAAAGUCGUUGUACGCUAUAUUCUCGCAGUUCGGACAAAUUCUAGACAUCGUUGCAAUGAAAACGUUGAAGAUGCGGGGCCAGGCUUUUGUUAUUUUCAAAGAGAUUGCUAGUGCUACUAAUGCCCUACGUUCAAUGCAUGGCUUUCCAUUCUACGACAAGCCAAUGCGAAUCCAGUACAGCAAGGUGGACAGCGACGUGAUCGCGAAGAUGAAGGGCACUUUUGCGGAGCGGCCGAAGAAGGCGUCGCGGAAGGCGGCAGCGGCCGCGGCGGCGGCAGGAGGGGCAGCUGCGGCGGCGGCCCUCGAGGAGCUGGCGGCCGAAUCGAAGAAGUCGAAGCGGAAGGCCGCCAAGGAACAAGCGCGCAUCUACCAGCAGCAACAGCAGCAGCAGAGUAUGCAGCAGAUGGCGUCGGCGGCUCCACCCAUGAUGGCUGUUGGAGGACCGACUACCGUACCCGAGCAGCCGCCGAACCAGAUUCUGUUCUUGACCAAUCUACCUGACGAGACCAAUGAAAUGGUUAUCCAAAUGCUAUUUAAUGGGAAUUCUUCUAGAAAUUCAAAACAAUUCCCUGGCUUCAAGGAGGUGAGACUGGUUCCCAACCGCCAUGACAUCGCGUUCGUCGAAUUCGAAACUGAAAUGCAGUCGGGUGCAGCCAAGAUUGCUUUGAACGGAUUCAAGAUCACGCCGUCGCAUGCUAUGAAGAUAACAUUCGCCAAGAAAUGAUUUUAUUAUAAGUGAUACGUGUAACAAGUCAAGAACUAUAAAGUAUUCCAUAAUUUAUGCAAUAUGUUUUUAAGGAAGUGUAGCGUUCAGUUUAUAAAUAAUUUUCAACGAUAA